AUGUCACUUAUUGGUGCGGCUACAGCGGGUCUUGACGACAUUUUAGACGAACUCAGACUCAAAUAUGACUCCCUGGUUGGAUUACUAGAUGGUGAUGCUGUAAGAGAGCUCCCGAGCCUCAAUACCCUUCUGAACUUGAACAAACUUCUAGCUAAAUUGGCCAAGAGCUUGGAUGUUACCGAGGCGCAAGACUCAGACUUAGUUUCAGAGAUUGAUGUUAUCCUUGCGAAACGUGCCGAGGAACAAAAUGCUGAGGCAGAGAGCAGCAAGGAGACAGAAGAGCUUGCGGAAAGUAAGAAACGUGGAGAUUCCGAUCUUGACGAUGAAGAAAGCAUACCACUUGCCAAAAGACCGAAGAGAGAGGUUGCUCCUGAUGAUGCAGAAGAAAGCACACCACUCAAAGAAGAGAGUUCGGCUGUAGAUGAAGUAGCCGAAUCGAACUCCAAAGCCAACUCAAAUGAACACGAAGAUGGUGACUUAGAAUCUACUGCGGACAAAACACAAGCUAAAUUAGAGGAGGUUGCGGCCAUUGAUUCUGGCAAUGGAAGUGUAGUACCAGAGCCCGAAAUAAAGAAAGAAGAGGAAAAUCUUAACUCGAAAGAUGAUCCAGUCCCUCCAGAACAAACUGGGUCAUUCACCCCACAACAUGACAGCAGACUCAAGAAUCCUCAUAGUGAAUUCGUUACAUCGCAAUCGCUCUCAGCUUCAGCAAUUGCCGAGCUUGGGUUAUUUUCAGAGGAGCAUAAUGGCUUGGAGACACAAGGUAAAGAGUACUUGAAAAAGAGAAUCGGUGUGGCCUCUUAUCCUGAGAAUGAUUUGAAGCUGUACUUACCUGGAGAAAUACCUGAUAUGGACUUUUCCAAGACUAAGGUCCCCCAAAACCAAGUCCAAUUCACAACUUAUCAAACAUACAUAGAGUCAUAUUUCCGUCCAUUCUCCAACGAGGACAUUACCUUUGCGAACGAGGAUUUUGUCAUCCCACCGGGCUUUGAGAAAAAUUAUGAUCCCUUGGUAACGCCUUACCUAAUACCUAAACUCGGGGACUUUUACGUUGACGUAUGGGGGGAGGAGGAUGUUGCGUUAGGCUCGAAAUUGAGCUCGCCAGCAACAGUAAGACCUCCCAUCGAGUCAUUUAGACCAAAAGGCGAUUUCGAGGAGAUCAAUGACGAGAAGCUCUUAACUGAGGAUGUUUCUUGUGGGCCUCUAUCAAAUCGUUUGUUAUCGGCAAUAAUGAGUGUUCAUGAGUGCAAAAGUAACGAAGGAGAUGAUGAUAAAGAGGAAUCGGAAUCUGACAUUAUCAAAAAAGAGGAGUCAAGCCUUGGCGAAGACAUUUUUUCAAGAGAACCUGCUUCGAAGCUCGACUCUCCAGACACUUACAAGACAAUUGCAGAAAACAAUGACUUCUACUCAAUGGAAGAAAGGUUGAAGAGAGAAUUGAAAUACAUUGGUAUAUUCAUGAACUUACCUUCCACAAGCGGGGAGAAACCAAGAAAAGGUAACGUGGUCGAUUCUGAGGACUGGAUUCUCAAUCGCGAGGACGAUGAAAUAUGUUUCGAGAUAAGAUCUUUACAAGAAGAGUUGAAAGGUGCGGUUGUGAGAAAUCGUAGACGGAAAAAGGCAUUGCUUCCAAUCUUGAAAGAGCACCUAGCUUAUCAGGAAUACUGCACCAUAGCUGAAGACUUGGACAAGCAGGUGGAUCAAGCUUACAUAAAACGACUCAAAGCAAAGAGCAAGAAAAAGAAGACCAUUACAGAGCCCACAAGCACACCUCAGCAGCAAGCAGCCAAUAGUGGCUUGAAGUCACUUUUAGACAAGAGAAACAGAUGGAUCACAAAUAUUGGAAAAGUGUUCAAGGCACCAGAGGUCAUGAAAAGAAUUGCGAGCAAAUCUAUUUUCACAGAAGAAACACAAUCUGAUGAUGAGGAUGCAGAGGGAGAAGUCGAAGUAGGUACAACAGAGGAGGCAACUUAA